AUGGCGCCGCCUUUCUCAUCGCCCCAAGGCAACGCGCCGCAGACGCUGGCUGCUCUGUGGUGCCUGGUAGCCCUGGCGUUGGUGUUUGUCCUCCUGAGGCUUUAUACCCGGUACAAGGUCAUCGAUGCCAUAGGGAUAGAUGACCAUCUCUUCAACGUCGCCUUCGUCCUCCUAGUCGCGUACUGCGUCUUGAUCACGGUAUCUGCCUUCUACGGCUUCGGUCUAAUUCGCGACGAUGUCCCAGAUCCAUGGGAUCGGUCGAUGGUGAUCAUCCUCACAAACGCCGGCCAGACCGUCGUCGGGGUUGCAGUCUGGAUCUCCAAGACCGCUCUUGCCUUUUUCUUGCUGCGCAUAUUUGGCGCUUGCGGCCGCAAAACUCGGUGGACUAUCAUACUGCCGCCUGUUCUCCUCGGACUGUUCGUCACCGCGGGCCUGUUGGCCUUUUGGUUGGAAUGCCGACCGAUUUCUUACUUGUGGGACCGGCUGAAUCCGGACGGAGUAUGCGGUGAUACUGCCGUGUACUUGAACCUUAUCGCGGCUAUCCUCAGCUUUUUGUGUGACUUCAUCUUUGCGGCCCUGCCGUGGUUUACUCUCAGAAAGAUCCAAAUGCCACCUCGGGAGAAAAACAUCGUACUGUAUAGUCUGAGCCUGGGCAUCUUUGCUGGCGCAUGUGGAAUAAUGAGAGCAGUAAAGCUGCCAACCAUGUCUGAUGGGGAAUAUAUGAGGGACAGGGCCACAUUGAUCAUAUGGCAUGCCGCCGAGCUGACAGUGACCAUGGUCGCCAUCGGAAUUCCAGUUUGCCGCCCCUUGUGGAAGGGCUGGGUGAAUCGGCUACUGCCAGGCGGCGAUCAAGACCAAAUAUACUCGGCCAGUUAUUUCAGUGGUGAGCAGAGGACAAUUGGAGGUUCCGAGAUGUGGCCAUCGAAAGAGGGUGAUUCAAAGUCGAGGUCAAAAUCCAGGAAGGGUAGUAAGGGCCACAAGUCCCGGCCCAGUGACAUGAACAUUCACACCGACGAUAUCGAGAUGCUCGACGCACGAGAUGCGAGGGAAAAGGACCCUACUUCAGGUGGCCAUACUCCAGAUAGCUGGUCAUCUUGGAGCCGUGCAUGA